AUGGAUAUUAUAUAUAUAAGGCAAAACACUGAAGGCACUGAAGACACUUGUCUCAGUACCAACUCAUACAAUGGGAAAUACUGGGCUGCCAGAGUUUCAUCAGUUCCCGUGUUGUUUGUGGUUUCAGCGUUAGGGUCAUUUACUCCAUUGUUAGCUGCAUAUUCAACAAAGUUUAGAGUACCGGGGUGGAUAUUUGAUGCUAUAAAGUAUUUCGGGAGUGGAGUGAUUAUAGCGACCGGUUUUAUCCAUUUGAUGGCUGAAGCUGCUGCAAAUCUUAGCAACGAAUGCUUGGGCCCUCCGUUUACGGAGUACCCGUUUGCGGAAGGCAUCGCAUUGAUCGGAGUGUUUUUUAUAUUCAUCUUUGACGUAAUAGCCCACCAACGCUUAUCAGUCAAAGCAAAGGCAUACUUGGAGGCGGAAAAGAAUGGCAAUUCACCGACCGGAUUUGAAUCAGUUGGUCGAUUACAAAAUGUGUAUGUGGAGGAGAUGGAACAAGAGUCAAACUUAUCCAAGCGCACAGAUGAUUCAACAGAGAUCACAGAGGUUGGUAAACGAGACUUAUCAAAGCUUGAGAGCAUAUACCAAAAGAUUUUGAACUGUGUUGUGCUAGAGUGUGGUAUUGUCCUACAUUCUGUUUUUGUAGGGUUGUCAUUAACUAUAGCUGGCGAUGAUUUUGUAACUCUUUACAUUGCUAUUUCUUUUCAUCAGUUUUUUGAAGGCUUGGGUCUUGGCACUAGGUUUGCAACCACUCAAUGGCCAAAAGGAAAAAGGUAUGUCCCAUGGCUCAUGUCGCUCGCCUACAGCUUAACCACCCCUUUUGCAUCUGGUAUAGGGUUGAUAGUACGUGGAAGUUACCCAGCAGGAUCAAGAACAGCCUUGAUUACUACCGGAAUUUUUGAUGCAGCUUGUGCAGGGAUCUUGAUUUACAAUAGCAUUGCUGAAUUGAUGGCAUUUGAUUUCAUGUAUUCAGGAGACUUUAAAAACAAGUCUAUUAAAAAGUUAUUGGUUGCGUUUACCUAUUUAACUUUAGGAGCGUUUGUAAUGGCGCUUAUUGGGAAAUGGGCAUAA